AUGGGUUUCUGGAGCCUCUUCUCAUACUCUGCCGAGACCAGAGUCAAUGCUGCUACAGGCGAGCAGCAAGUGACUAUCAAGUCGACCAGCGUUAUUGCAUCAGUCGACGAUGCUCCGUCCUCCUCUGUUGGAUUUGGCCCGUCUAUUGAAAACGCCCAGGCAGAUGCUACCCAAAGUACUCCUUCAGGUCCGACGGAAGCAACUGUCACAUCCUCCAUUCAGCAGAAGAGACCUCCGGACGACCCCGUUGUCGCACAUCCCCGCAAGUUUUGGCGACUUGGGUUUGCGCGAAAGCGCCCGACAGAGCACAAGAUUGCUCUCUCGACUAUCGCAGAGCACGAGAAGAGGGGGCAUGUCAGAGAGGCAUCUACAAGGCAUGCCGUGCAGAAAGUGCAGAUGUCCAAGUCGGAGAAACGGGCACAGAAAUCAGCAAUGGCGGUUCGCUCUCUCAUCAUCGGGCCCACGUCGGCAGCAGCUGCCCCGAAGAUGACGCCGAUGGUCGCGAAACCUCAGCUCAGCAAGAUCAGGUCGCAACUGAAGGACCCCAAGUCGGCGAACAAGCUUAUAGCUCAACUGCGCCAGCUCCCGGCUUCCGGCGACUCUGCUAUUCAUCCCCAUGCUGGUUGUUCGAACGGACCAAUUCAUGCCGUCUGCCUGGAACAUCCAGAGGCUGAAGAGGAACAUCUUCACUUUGCCAAGCUUCAACAGUCCUCGUCAACCUCGCCCGACGACGCUUCCACGCUUGUCGCCAAUGUGGCUGGCAUCACAUCUGCCCCCGUUGGCAAGCUGGCCGAUCUCUUUAGCGAGAUGCAGGUCGUCGACUUGGUCAAGUCUCCCGAUCUCGGCCUCGGUCAACCUGGGGAUGGGAAAGGCCUCCUCGCUGGAGCCUUGCCAACUGCUGAAACGGUCCUCGAAGGAGUCAGGAAGAUAACACCAGAAUUAAUGGCUUUGGGAUAUGCCACUGGCAAGGUUAUCGCACCGGAUCAUUCAGGAGUUUAUCCCCCGACGGACAGAAUGUCGGUGCUAACAUAUUGGUGGGGUCUGGAAGUACUCCUUCCGCCGCCCUCUUUGGAAUAUCUCGCUAGCGUUCAAUCCGUCACCGGCACCGUUAUCAAUUUCUUGUCUGCUCUGGCCCUUGUUAACAACGGCGUCCGAGAGAUCCUCCCCUUUGUCCGGUACAUCGCCCAAUUCAUCGACUUUGAGUUCAACGCUAUCAAGAAGCAGGACCAGGGUAAUGGUGUUGUCUGCGCAGCGACAUGGAUAAUGCCUGCUGCUUUGGUGCCUCGACCAUGGGAUUUCCCGUUACCUCCCACGUCUGAACCACUGACAGACCCUCCUACGCAAGCAGACAAGCCAGAAGGUCCUGUCCUACCGCCAUCGCAUGGUGUCGUUAUCCCUCCUGUCCCCCUACCCAAGCCGAUGAAUUCACUCCUCGAUGUUGUGGACAAUGGUCCUCUUCCUGUCGAAAUAGCUUCUCGCGGUGAUACUUCUCCUUAA